AUGCAGCAGAUGCGAAUGGUAUAUAUAGCUCCUCAUGGAGUUGGAACAUCCUUCAGACCCCCUCAGACACAUCGCUUCCAAAGAAAUCGGCCAAAGACCCCUUUUCAUUCGCCACUCACUGCUCCUGUUCCUUAUCCCCAUUACUGUUGUUGUCCAUCUCUCGAAGUAACUCACCGUCUCAACAUGCCGCACGCCCCUUCGACAUCUAGAGAGCCAAUGGCCGCCGACGACAUCGAAUGCUCUCUUGAUGACGCCUCCAUGAGCGACACAUCCGAAAUCAAGCCUUUGAUUGGCGGUUCUAGUAUACCUGCUGCUGUAGCUCAGCUUUCACCUCUCGAAGCUCUGGCCCAGUUAUCCCCGGAACAACUUGAUAUGCUUUUGCGGAUUCAACAGGCGAUGAGAAACUUGGAGUCUCUUACCCCAAACACAGCACAAACAACAUCAACGCCGACACACCCAAUCAAUUAUUCAGUACCUCCCACAGCCCCUGACGCUACUCCGCUCCCCGCUCCUGGUUUUGACCAUGCAAUCCAACUCAAAAUCAACGGUUUAUCUCCAACUAUGCGUGAAAAGUUCCUUGUCCCCAAUCUUAAUCUGAAAACUUCUCGCACCACCAUUCCCAAUAUCACAGAGAUGGUUAUGCUCUUUGCCCCACACGCCAAACCUGUCAGACGGGGCUAUAUUAACAAAGACCUCUGGAUUUCUGCAUACAACUCCAACGUCAAGCCGCUUCUGGAACCUUUCAUCUUCAGCCCACCCAGAGAAGCGGCAGCGCAAACCAGUGACUAUGCGGGGUAUACUUGGGAGUACUAUCAAAGUCGUGAAUUUGACCCAUCGGCACGCUGGAUUACUACGGAUGUGCUUGCCGAUCUUUUGAAUCAUUUCUGCCCUGGUCUCCCAAUCCCCCCACGCCGGGCUGCUCGAGAAAGGAUGUUCCGUCAGAAAGUGUUUGGCGACGAGCAUGAAGAAGAUCCACCCCCACCUUAUUCCUCAACUUUAUCAGCCUGCAGAGCACCUCACCACAUCACACUUGGAGUCGAUCAUCUCCGAUUCACCUUGCAGCAGCAAGAGCCAAAUCUAUUGAUACCCACGCAAACCAGCAAACCAGUCUUGUUACAGAUCUACGAAAUAUAUAUCCAACAUCGUGAGCGAACGCCUGAUGAUCCCGUUGCAGGUGUUGACUAUUUCUGGGCCGAAUCUGGGUGA